AGCUGAUAAGCUAGUUUUGUCCGAAUGCCCCACGUCACGUACAAUGGACUAAAUGUAAACAAUAAAAUUCCACGGGGCUCACAAAUUAUUUUCCUGUAAAUUAUCAAAAUUCAAGAGCUAGGCAUCCUAAGACCAAAAAUGUCGGCGAUGAAAUCGCACGAAGAUGGUGUGAUUGUGAACAUCUUCGAAUCGGAAGAGGUUGUUGCGUGCGAAUUGGCGAAAUACGUCGCCAAUUUAUCGGAGAAAUUUGUCAAUGAAAAGGGUAAAUUCACUGUAGUUCUUUCUGGAGGCUAUCUCAUCCACAAUAUCAGGAAAUUAUUAGAGCCGCCAUAUAAGGAUUCUGUCGAUUGGUCGAAAUGGCAUGUUUUCUGGGUUGAUGAAAGGUGUGUUCCCAGAGAUCAUGAUGAUAGUAACUAUAAGCUUGCUUUAGAUGGUUUUAUUUCUAAGGUACCUAUCUUGCUAGACCAAGUUUAUGGCAUCAAUGAUACACUCCCAGACCCCGAAGCACAAGCUGAAGAUUAUGAAAAAUGUCUAAGAAAACUAGUCCAAAACAAUGUGAUUGCAACAUCAACAACCACAGGUUUCCCAAAAUUCGACCUUAUGCUUUUGGGCAUGGGUCCAGACGGGCAUGUAGCGUCUUUGUUUCCUGGUCAUCCUCUUCUCAAGGAAGACGAGAAGUGGGUGACCUUCAUAAUGGACUCGCCAAAACCACCUCCACAGCGCAUUACUUUCACCUUUCCGGUGAUCAAUUCGUCUGCGUACAUUGCUAUGACAGUGGUCGGAAAUGGUGAGGUCAAUGCAGUGAAGAAGGUGCUUGGCGAUACCAAUAUAUGUGAGAUUCUGCCUGCUGGAAGAGUGUCGCCUGAGGAGGAGAUGACUUGGUUUCUAGACACGGAAUCAACUUCGUUGUUGUAAUAUUGUAGUUGUGACUAUGUAUGUUUGUUAAGGAUAACUUAAUUAGGGAGGCUCUAUUAUUACUCUCUAGUGAAUAAACUUGCUCUGUGUAAUAAUGAUUAUGAGAUUUGGUGUACUAUGAAACAGGUAUAAAUUAAUAAAAGUGAAUUAAUUGGUAUUUAUGGGAAAGUGUAGAAAUGUGAUGAUG